UCAACAUAUAGUAAAUAUUUUAUAUUUGACAAUUUCAUGAUAUCUUAAAAUACCUUCUAUAUUAUGCCAAUGUUAUUGGUUAUAAAUAGAUUUAACAUUGACCCUCAAAUUUAUUAAAAAAAAAUAUCAAAAGUGAAAGGAAAGAGAAUAAAAUGAUGAAGCUCAUAGUUUUCUUUGUUGUAUCCAGUUUGUUGUUUUCUACUCAAUUUUCUAAUGGUGAGGAAUUAGAGAGUUCAGCUGAUGCACCAGCAAUCCACAAGACGGGAGGAGAAGGCUCACUUCGACCUGAAGAAUGUCCAAAGGCAUGUGAAAUUCGAUGUUCAGCGACAUCUCACAAGAAACCAUGUUUGUUUUACUGCAACAAAUGUUGUAGCAAAUGUUUAUGUGUACCGUCAGGAACAUAUGGACACAAAGAAGAAUGUCCUUGCUACGAUAAUUGGAGGACCAAAGAAGGUGGACCAAAAUGUCCAUGAUAACAAAAAUUUAUAUAUGAGGUCAAAAUAAAAUCUAUUGUUAUCUUUCAUGAAUAAAAUUUAUGUUGGCCAUCCUUGUUAUAAUAUGAAGUUUUCUUCUAUUACAAAACUAAAGUUAAAAUGCACACAUAAAUUAAAGGGAAAUUUGGUUCUAAGUUCCAACAAUUCCAUAAAUUUUAAUUAGUCAAAUAACUUAAAAUAAAAAGAAAAUAAUUUAGUAUCUAAUAUCAUAAUUAACACUUUAAAAGUUUAGUUUUCAAAUUGAAUUAUUUGUGAAUAUUAAUAAUAAAAUGAUUUCUCUUUCCCCUAAUUUUUUUCUUUAAAUCACGGACAAUUUAGACUUUCAUUUUCACUCUUACAAACACAUAACAUGUCCUCUUUCAGUCUCAUCCAAAAAAAAAAUGCAAUUCCCCCUUUCCUUUUCCAAACCUUUCACAACAAUAUCCCA